AGAGACUACCUGAGAGCAGCGCACUGACCACUCCGCCGGCCGAAUCGCUCUUUUUCGUUCUUCGUUCCCACGCCGAACUUUCCGUCUUUGCGGAAAUAGCCAGAAAUUAGUUCCACGGUUGACGAAACGCCGCCAGGGGUCAGCGGCGUCGCGUUUCGUACUCGUGAGAAGGGGGCGUGUCAACAAAACAAACCAGCGUGUAUUUUGUCUCCUCAAAAUCGUCUCGUCCAAACCAACAAGGUCCGAACUUUGCUUGGAGCCGAAGAAUGGCCUCGAAGGGCGAACGUACGGUGAUGGCGCAGGACUGAACUUGAACUCGAAUCGAGAUGCGUUUUUCGGCUGUGCUAAACAAGAAGAUUCGCCGCUUCAUGGUCGGCAAGUUCAUCGACUCGGCCAAGGUGCGCGUGCGAGGUGGCAACGGCGCCGACGGCCUCGCCAAACUCGGCGGCGUCGGCGGCUCCGGCGGCGACGUCGUGCUUCAGGCCGACGCCGAGGAAUCGCUCGACGCCUUCUACAAGCGGUGGCGCCGCGUCCCGGUCGUCGCUGCCGAAAACGGACAGCCCAGCGCACGCAAACGCAUCUUCGGACACUGCGGCGCCGCCAGCGUCCUGUCGGUGCCCAUCGGCGUCGCCGCCUACCGCAUCAACGAUAAAGGAGGCGGUUUGAUGGUGGGGGAGCUGAACGAGAUCGGCGAGCGGCUGGUGGUGGCCAAGGGUGGUGCGGGCGGCGGCCCUGACAAUGACUUCAAAGGUGAAAAGGGCGAGGCCACGUUUUUGCAGCUCGACCUGAAGCUGAUUGCGGACUGCGGCCUCGUCGGCUUUCCCAACGCCGGCAAGUCGACCCUGCUGAGGGCCGUGUCCAGAGCCAAGCCCAAGGUCGCCGCCUACCCUUUCACCACAGUGAGACCUGAAGUCGGCUUCAUCGAGUACCCCGACAAGACAAAAGUGUCGAUGGCCGACUUGCCAGGAUUGCUGGAGGGGGCGCACUUGAACCGGGGCAUGGGCCACAGUUUCCUGCGCCACAUCGAGCGGACCAAGCUGCUGGUGGUCGUGGUGGACGCCGAGGGCUUCCGCCUCAGUCCGAUGCACCCUGAGCGCACCUGUCUGCAGACGGUGCUGCUCCUCGCCAGGGAGCUCGAGCUUUACGAGCCGACCCUGCUGGCCAAACCAGCCCUUCUCGUCAUCAACAAGCUCGACCGGCCGGGCGCCCUUGAGGUCUUGGAGAAUGUCCGUCAGCAGGUUGACCUUCAGGUCGCCGACCCAGAGGCCCUCCUCAGGGACGUCCCUGAGGAAAUGAGGCCUAGCCAGCCUCUCAUUUUCCGCCACGUGAUAGGCCUGAGCGCCCACCAAGGCCCGGAGGCCGUCGGCCACCUCAAACAGCUCAUUAAGGAAACCCUGGGCGAGCAGAUCGCCCAACCUGACGAGGACGACUACCUGAUUUCGGAGAAAAAUAAUUGAUUCGAUCAUAGUUCAGUCCUGUUUAGAGAUUGUGAUUUGUUUUUAUUGCAAAAAAGAGACUUUGGAAAUUGUUUGUGUAGGUGGAGGCCGUGGAGGAGGACAUCCGCAGGUGCCACCACCGCAUCGAGACCAUCGAACGCAACCUCAGGUCCAGACACCUUGAGAUGGA